AUGGGCACUCGCGCUACCGGCCCGCCGCUCCGCCCCCCUCUCCCCGCUCUCCCCCGCCCCAGCCACCAGACGCUCCUCCCAGGCGCCGUCCCCCGGCGCCCGCAGCCGCCAUGCGGCCACCGUCGCCUCCACGUGGCCCACCCGGCCAUCCACCCCCCUCGUCACCGAGCCUCUCCGCUUGCCCGGGCCGCUCGCGAUGUCCCUGGCGAUCCCUUCGACGAUUUUGACGCCCAAUUCGAAUCCAUGAGCGCCGACAUGUAUCGCAUGCAGCGGCGGAUGGACGCCGAGAUGGAGCGAAUGAUGCGCGAGUCGAGGGAGGUACAGCGCCGGGCGCUGGAGAGGGUUCAGGAGUCGCAGCCAGGCGUGCGGAUAGAGCGGCGGGAGGAGAGCUACCCCGGGGGGUACAGCUACAGCGAGUCGGUGGUGGUUUCCUCGGGGGGCAUGGUGGUCGCCCACCAGGCGCCCGCGCCGCUGUUCGGCUCUAUUGGAGUCUUUGCGUUGGCGCUGGUGGCGUGCAUUUACGCCGUUGGCACGGCGCUGUUCAACAGGAAUUUCAAGGCCACGGCGUUCAGGGAGGGCAGCAGGUGGCGGCUGUCCGCGCUGUGGCCCUGGCUGCUGAUCGUGAGCCCGAAGUUUCGGCGGCAGUUUUGGGCGGCGGUCAGGGCGAGAGGGGGCCCGUCUGAGCUGCCGACAUCCGACAUCGAAAUCGAGGUGCCUUCGCGGCGAGAGGGGGAGGAGUCGCGGGGGAAUGGGGACGCUGUUCGAGACGGGUGA